AUGUCACGAGAGGACACAGGCACAGGGCCCGCCUGUACGCCAGACAGUCCCCCCCCCGCAGGCCCUGAUGAAAGUGGCGGCACGGAACCUGGUGCACAACUCCAGCAUGGACUACAGGCACGCCUAGCCCAUGAGUGCCUCUCGCAGAGCUUCGACAGCGCCAAACGUGCCCCCGCCCUGGUGAUGGCAGCCCCCAAAGGUGAGGGGGGGGCAGAUGAGACCCUCCCCUACACCCAGUACCUGCCCCUCAUCAAGGCCCAGAUGGCCGGUGCCAAAAACAUCCACAACGCUCUGCUGGAGGGGGCCAACAAAAUCACGGGCAAGCUGCCCCCCCGGGGGAGCCCUGAGUGUUCCGGGGGUCCCCACGGGGGACUCGGACUCCCCCCAAAACCUCCCGCGGUGGUCUGGGGGUGAGUAUGGGGGGUUUGGGCAGUCUCGGUGCCAUGUGCCGGGCUCUGAGUGCAAGCGUGCUCUGCAGAGGGGGGCUGAUCCCCCGCCCCGCUACAACAGGAGUUUUGGGGGAGCCCCCGCUGGGGUGCUGGACUCCCCCCCAGAAACUCCCACAGGGACCAGGAGGCAGCUUGGGGGGUCCCCGUGCACGGCGUGGAGGUGUGAGCGUGGAAAUGGGGGUC